AUGUCGGAGUCACCAUCAUCCCCUCCAAGCGCCGAGGCCAACCCCCAGGAUGCGCUCGCGUGGUACAAGUCGCAAUACGAGCUGCUCGAGCAGGAACUAUCGGAAUUCCAAGCCUCAAGCAAAGAGCUAGAAGCCGAGCUCGAAAAGGACCUGGAUGCUGCCGACAAGCGGGAAAGGGCUCUGCAGAAAAAGGCCGAGAGCCUGAGCUAUGAGGUGGAGGAAUGGAAGCGAAAAUACAAGGAAUCCAAAUCCGAGGCAAAUGCGGCGCAAAGCAUUCUCGAGAAAGAGAUCACCACCCUUCGCGAAACAAACCGGACCUUGCAGCUCAGACUACGGGACAUCGAGGUAGCAAAUGACGACUUUGAGCGACAGGCGCGCAACACCACGUCAUCACUGGAGGAUCUCGAGUCCAAGUACAAUGUCGCCAUCGAACGGGCUGUCUUGCUGGAGGAGGAGAUCAAGAUUGGGGAACAGGAAAGGGAACAGCUUCGGGUAGAGACUCAGCGGUUGAGGGAGGAGUUGUCGGAUCUAAAGAUCGAGGCCGAAAUCUUGCAGCACAAGAUCAAGAAGCAGGAUGCCCGCCAUUUAUCGACACUCUCCACUGACCUCUCGCUCCCCGGCUCCCCGCCAUUUGGCAGCUCACCUCACUCGACCGCAAGCUCACCAAUGAUCACCACCCCACCCGACACCAAGUCGCUAUCCACCGCGGACACCUUGUCCGAACUUCAAGACCCACCAUCACCCUCCAUCUCGGAGAUCUCUCAACUGUCCCGGUCACGACUCAGCGUCACAAAAGGUCCUACGUCCCAAAGGAAAUCCCGAUUGCCUUCUGCCGACAGCAGCAUGGCAUCUAAACCAAGGUCCGUUGGCGGUGCGUCUAGCUCUUCAACCCGGGGCAAUCGUGUGGCGACUGCUUCCGCCGCAUUGCGCACGCCUGCCCAGAGAAACUCGACUACCAGCAAGCCACCACCAAGCACGAGGGCGCAUAAGAUUCCGCCGUCCAAUUCACUCACCCAUAUCCGGACGCUCACAGCACAAAUGCAGCGUCUGGAAGCUCGUGUGCAGUCUGCCCGGUCCAAGCUCCCUGCAGGUUCGACGAGCACCCCACCACGGGGUUCACCAAGAACAGUUCCCACGGUACCAUCUUCGGUCACAAUACGCAGUAGGAAGCGUAACGCCGGUUCCACAGCAUCGUCGACGAUCAGCAACGGCGACGACAAACCAACGCCAUCCAAUUUCCGCAGCAGCCUUUCGAGUUCAACGGCGAAUAAGCACGUCCCCCGACUUAGCACGUCGGGCGUCUCCCGAUUGUCCUUUGGUCCGCUGCCCAACCGUAACCCUAACCACCAAGCCGAUGCAUCCGAUAUCCCACGGCCCAGCAGUCGAGCUAGCGUCUCGAGCUACGCACGGCCGGUUAGCAGACAGGAAUUGCACGGCGGUGGUCCCUCGAGCGCCGCCAUGCCACCUCCUAGGCCGAUGAGCAGGGCCAGUCUCACGGGGUCCAGAACACCACUAAGUAGGCCGAGGAGUAGUCUGGGCAUGCACAGUGGGAGGGAGUCGCAUCAUGGUCACAAUCCAAGUCACAGCGUUAGUUACAGCACGCUGGAACUGGAUGAGGGAGACACUGGGGAGUUCCGGACGCCUAGCAGACGGGGAACCUUUAGCAGGAUGGACGAGGGUGGGUUCAGUGCCAUUCCGGGACCAAGCGGGAUUCCAGCACCGAGGAGGCAGAGCGGAGGAUCGGGAAGCAUCGGGCUGCGGAGGACUAGU